UUAUUUUGUCCAAUCAAAGUUCUUCUGAAGUAGAAGCGCUCAAACACAAGAUGUCGCUUUAAUCGCGCCACUCUAGGGAUCUUCGAAUGAGGAACUGGACAACGCCGUGCAAGAUGCGGAUUGGCUGCCGCCAUUAAGCCUAGUAUAUCGACAUUGUUGGAAAUCGAUGGCUGGCGCCACCUCGUGGCCAUUCGGCAAUGAUUGUUGAGUUGCCGUCACUGCUGUCGCCGCCAUGUUGAUUUUCGCCGACGCCACUAGCCGCUACUGUUUGGGUGUUUGCUUCUUGUGUUUCGAGAUCGAAUUGUGCGUGUAUGCAACAGUAAGGAUGCCGAAUAUAACGUGGUGUGACAGUGAACAACCAUCCCGAUAUACGAAAGUGACAAUAUAUACAGAAAUGAUCGUGCUCGUUUGUAUGGUGCGGCCUCAUGACCUUGUGAUGGCUUGUCGUGUCGCUUCUUGUUUUCGCGCGCUCGUAUUCGCGGUCACUUCGCCGAAUGUUUCGUGCCGGGCGUCUGUAUCGAGCUUUCCGCGUCUUUCAAACGCAAAUUGUGCACAGAUAGAAAUAACCGCGUUUGUUAUACAACUCUGCUUUCUCCACACAACGCAGUACCCCUUGUUGCGUUGCGACAAGUUACAUUCUCGCGCGCGUUUCGCGUUUUACCCGUGUCCGUUGGUGAUGUUUUGUUCGCGCAAUACGGAGUAUCGAAUAAUUGAGUGUCGGUCGGUCGUAAUUAAUGUGUGGUUCGGGGGGAGCAGCAGACAAAAUAUCAGCAGAUUUUCGAGAAGACAGCAUCCGUGGUGUAACUCUAAUUUGGAAAGGAAAUGCAGUAGCAGCAGGAGCAACAAUAACGACAACUGCGAUGUGACGCAACCAGUCGGGAAUAUUUUUAUGCAAAAUGACUCGCGCCCUUGUCCUUCUCUGCAUGGCCAUCAUUCUACCUCUCGUACGAUGCCACAAGAUCCACGAGCACAUGACAAGGGAAGAGAUGCUAUCGGUGUUCUACACGGGACACGAGUCCGUGCCGCCGUACGAAGUCGUGCCUGUGUUGCACACGGUGCAUAAGAGGAGCGUGGACGCGAAGCCACAGAUUCACCUGAAGGCCUUCGGCAAAGAUAUCAGGCUUUCGUUGAAGCCCACGGAAGGACUGCUGUCGGCCAACAGCCUGCCGAUGUGGACUGUCACCAGGAACGCGUCGCAACCGGACGGCCUUCGUUACGAGAGGGUGAAGGAUGUCAACGUGGAUAUCGGUGACAUCUAUCAAGACGCGAAGAACAUGGCUUCCAUUCUGCUACACCGAGACACGAAUGGGAAAGUGCGCGUUGAUGGGACCAUCGGUUCAGAAUUAAUUAUCCGGCCACUGCCAGAACGGGUUCUAGAAGAAGUAGUGAGCAAAACGCCAGCCCUUCACGAGCCCGAAUUACUGCCCAACGUAACUAGUAGCGAGGACUUGACGUACAAGGAACGUACAAGUCAUCACAUUGUUUUCAAAAAAGUGGAUCGACCCGUCGGCGAUGAGUAUAGCGACUUUUCGCUCAUGGAACCCGACCACUUAGCCAAGAGAUAUAGGAUUAAGCGUUCGAUCAAUAGCAGAUCGAGACGCGAGGCACCGUACGUCAUCUACCCGGAAAUCCUUUGUAUUGUGGAUUACGAUGGGUACAGAUUGCACGGCGGCGAUAACGUACAGAUAAAGAGGUACUUCGUGUCCUUUUGGAACGGAGUUGAUCUGAGGUACAAAUUACUGAAGGGUCCAAAAAUACGUAUCAGUAUAGCGGGGAUAAUUAUCUCACGGGGGCGAGACGCGACGCCGUACUUAGAAAGGAAUCGCGUGGGAAGAGACGCAAUCGACUCGGCAGCCGCUUUGACUGACAUGGGCAAAUAUCUUUUCCGGGAGAGGAGACUUCCUGUAUACGACAUCGCCGUCGCCGUUACAAAAUUAGAUAUGUGCAGGAGGCAAUACGCGAAUGAUGUGUGCAAUAGAGGAACCGCAGGAUUCGCGUACGUCGGCGGGGCGUGCGUCGUGAAUAAGCGCCUCGAGAAGGUGAAUUCAGUCGCCAUCAUCGAAGAUACCGGUGGAUUCAGCGGUAUCAUCGUCGCUGCGCACGAGGUCGGCCACCUACUGGGUGCCGUUCACGACGGCUCACCUCCGCCCAGCUACCUCGGUGGACCAGGCGCCGAAAAAUGUCGCUGGGAAGACGGAUACAUCAUGAGCGAUCUUAGGCAUACGGAGAAGGGCUUCAAAUGGUCCCACUGCAGUGUGUCUUCCUUCCAUCAUUUCCUAAAUGGUGAUACAGCGACCUGCUUGUACAAUGCGCCUCACGAAGAUGAGGCGCUGCCCAGAGUGCUUCCGGGAAAACUCUUGUCCUUAGAUGCGCAAUGUCGAAAAGAUCGUGGAACAAGCGCUUGUUUCAAAGACGAUCGAGUUUGCGCUCAAUUGUUCUGUUUCGACGCUGGAUCCGGAUACUGCGUCGCGUAUCGCCCAGCAGCGGAAGGUUCGCCAUGCGGGGAUGGUCAGUAUUGCCUGAACGGGAAGUGCGUAGCGGAGCACGAGAACAUAAUACCGGAUUAUACGCAGAACAUUCCGACGUAUGUGCGCCGGGACAGCAUAUUCAAUUCCGCAUUACACACCCGGCCGAUAUUCGCUCAUUACAACAACACAGACUACAGGUAUCCAUGGAAAGCAACACAGAGCAUGCCAUUAUCGAGCGUAACACCGACAACGACGACGACUACGACGACGAUAAGAACGUCGACUUAUCCUUACAAACACGUCACAAAUCCGUUUGCGACCACAGUGUCAAAAUACACACGGACAUUUAUCAAUAACUUGUACACCGAUCGAUACAAGACUAAAUACAAUAAUAAUGAUAGCAAUAACGAUAGUGAUAACGACACUGGUGGCGGCGUGAGCACCACCACUAGGAAAAACUUCAAUUUCUUCAACUCGUAUUACACCGUCAGUACCACUCCGAAGGUCACUUACGGUUCGAAAGUUAGUCCGUUCAAGUAUAAGAACACGGUCAGCGUGAUGUCGCUUUCCACGACGACCAAAGGAUAUCAGAACGGCCUUCGAAAUGACGGCCGCGGAACAGAGGCCGGUGAAUGCACGGACGUGGGGUCAGAUUGCGCGGAGCUGAUUGACAGGCUGAGAACAUGGCUGUGCCAUCUACAAUCUGUGAAGAGUCGCUGCUGCGCGUCCCUGAAGACGAUCUGUGCUGACUAAAUAAUGACAUUAAGGACCAAAAAAAAAAAUAAGAAAGGAAAAGAAAACUCGAUUCGAUAGUUUGCUCGAAGGCGUCGCGCUUAGACGCUCGCCCCGGAUGAAGAUUUUGUCAGGCGCCCUGUCGCUUCUCGCCGCAUCGUAACGCAGCAUCCAGAAAAGCGCCGCAUCGGACGAAACGGGAGGAGCUCGGGAAAGAUCUUUCGUUCGUUUCGUCACUUCUUCCUCUCUCUUUCCCUUUUCCGCAGGUAGACGAGAAAUCAAGUCCUCAUGCGGUCACGACGAUUAAAUAUAGCUGCAUCUCUCGCAUACCUACAGACGUAAUUCUUGCAGUAUGGUAUUAAGGUACCGAGCGAUGUAGUGAAUCUUUAAAAUAGAGCGGACUGUCAAUCAGUAUGAUAGAGAUUUCGGCCGCGUUCAUAUUUAUUCGAUAAGGAGCGAUCUCGCGAAAGACUCGUUACACAGGCACAGGUGCGUCGUGCGUAUACUUCUCACGCGCGGAUAAAGCCAUUCGGAAUUUACAGAAAUUGUAUAGCGCAAGACAAUAAAUAAAGGGUUAAUUAAA